CAAAUGUCACUUUUGUCACUUCAAUGAACGUCGGUUUUGUUAAUAAAUAAUUAUUAUUUUAUUGUUAUUUCCAAUUUAAAUAUAACUAUUAUAAUGAUUUACACAUUAUAAAUAUAAGAAUAUUGUAUUACUAUAAGUAUUCCACGUGACAUUUAACUAUACAAUAAUGGAAGCAAAUAGUGUUAUUUUAUGUGACAAUCUAAUCAAAUGGUUGCAGACUUUGAAUCUAAAUGCUAAACAUGCUACUCCAUCAGAAUUGUCAGAUGGUGUCGCAAUAGCAGAAGCACUCACUCAAAUAGCACCUGAAUACUUCACCUCAAAUUGGAACUCCAAAAUUAAAACUGAUGUUGGCCAUAACUGGCGACUUAAAGUCAGCAAUUUAAAAAAAAUCUUAGAAGGAGUAGUGGACUACCACCAGGACAUAUUGAGUCUGAGUCUUGACGAGUUCUCUAGACCCGAUGUUGUUAAUAUCGCUGAGCAUGCCGAUCGGACGGAUUUGGGCAGAUUGUUGCAAUUGGUGCUUAGUUGCGCAGUCAACUGCAUUAAGAAAGAGGAAUACAUCACUCGUAUUAUGGAUCUGGAGCUAUCGUGCCAGCGUUCGAUAAUGCAGGCUAUACAGGAGUUGGAGACGAUAACGUUGGGUCCGAAUCGUAACAGCAUUCAUUCGGACACACCGGCCGUAGAACAGACUGAUGCUGAUAUGAGAGAAGCGCUUGCUCAGAGAUGUCAUGAGCUCGAUACACAGGUGAAAAUACUUCAAGAAGAGAAGAUGACGCUAUUGAGUGAAGUCAGUCGCCUGACGGCGGCCAGGGUGGAAGGUGGUGAGGAGAAUAAAGAUAUGGAUGAGGGCGGGGCUUCAUUGGGACCGGCCCACGCUGGUACCCUAAGGUACAGCAAUAUGCGGGCACAGCUCGAUGCUCUGAAAGAUGAACUUUAUAAAGUAGAACUACAGAGGGACGACCAGCGAGUCCGGGCCGACAACCUGGAGCGGGAGCUGGCUAUGACCAAGUUGAAGAACGAAGAGUUACAGAUGGCUGCAUCAGAGAACGUGGCUCUUAAAGAUGAAGUGGACGCACUGAGGGAGACGGCGGCCAAGGCUGCGGCUCUGGAAGCCGCGGUGGCUUCCUACAAGAAGAGGAUGGAGGAACACGUGGAUCUGAGAAGACAGGUGAAGCUCCUAGAGCGCGCCAACACUGAGCACGUCCAGCGAGCCAUCGAGCACGAGCAGGCGGCGGCGCGCGCGCUCGCGCUCCGGUCGCAGCUUGAUAUAUAUAAGAAACAGGUGACGGAUCUGAACGAGAAACUAGACGCGGAGAUCACGAAGGCGGAUAAGCUGGAGAUAGAGAACAAGAAGCUGAGCAGUCGCGGGGCCUCGCUGCAGAGGGAGAGGGACGCGCUGCUGGCGGAGAGGGACACGCUGCGGGAGACGGUGGACGAGCUGAGGUGUUCCACCAUCACUGUCGGUGCAAGCGAGGACAAUGUGUCGCGGGAGUUGAUACCGCACGACCUGAAAGAACGAAUGAUACGGUUGGAACACGAGAACAAGCUGCUGAGACAGAACCAGGGAGCACAAGCGGACCAGGCCUCUGUACAGACGCUUCUAGAAGACUACGCGUCUCGUCUUGAAAAGCAGCGCGCUUUGAACCGUGAAGCGAAUGCUCGUAUCAUGCAGUUAGAGGCGGCACUGGAGCCCGCGCCCUCUAGACCCGCCGUUGACGACGCCAGGAAAUCCCUACAAAUUGAAGAUCUUCAAUCAGCGCUAGCAGACAAACAAGCGCAAGUGAACAAGCUGCAGGAAGCGCUGUCUGCGCGCGAGGCGGAGCUACUAGCGACUGAGGAUAAAUACAAGAAAUGUGUGGAAAAGGCCAAGGAAGUCAUAAAGUCUCUAGAUCCUAGGACUACUGGUCAGCAGUCUUUAUCGGACAUCACGUUGGGAUACACUCGUGGUGCUGGAGUGGCGAGUGCGACCAGCGCUUCCGCGUCCAGGGCAGAGGGCGCCACUAAUAAUAACAGACACGAAUGGAGUGGUAGCGGCAGCGCUAGCGGCAGUGAAGAGAGUGGUCGUUGUGUGAACGAGCAGCGUCUUCUAGCGUCCGCGUGGUACCAGCUCGGCGCGAGGUGUCACCGUGAGGCGGUGGAGUCGAGGUUCGCCCUGCUGUCCGCGGGUCACUCAUUCCUGGCCCGCCAACGACGCCAGCCCCCCCGCCCUCGCCCAGCGCCCGCACAAUGACGCCCGCCCUGACGCAUGCUCGGUCUGCACACCGUUCAUGUUACACAGGACACCAAUAUAUUUUGAAUGCGAUUGUGAAUCGUAUAUAUGGAAGUGAGUUGAUGUGUGACUAACAAAAUCCAUGAGACCAUUUGAAUGUUUAAUUUUCCAUCGUUAGUGCAGGUCUAAUACUGUGAUAAGUGUUGGAAGGAUGCAUUCGUGCGUUGAGUGUUUGGUUAAUUAAGUAGUGUAGUGUUUGUGAUACCAUAAUAUUACACAUCUAACUACAACAAUCCCACAUGACUAAUGAUUUAUGUUUAAUAAAUUUCCCAGUCUAUUUUGCGACAUAAAUCCAUGUAAUGUCUGUGAUUAAUUUCAUUUUGCAUAUUUCUUUAUCUGUUAAAUGUUAUCUCGCAUUCACAUAUAUAUAAAUUCAUGAGACACAAACAUAUUAUUCCUCUAUCACCAUAUUAAUAUAUAAUUUUAAUGGUUUUCAUAUACAUAAUUAAAUCUAAUAAUAAAUACAUGAGUAAUUGUAUUGGUAGUGAGAGUGCAAUUAUGUAAAAUUUAUAUUUAGUGUUAAGAAAUCAGAUAUUGAUUUUUAAGACUUGACUCUACUACCUUAGUGUCUUCAUAAACAUUACCUCAGAAACAGUACUCUUUCAUAUUAAAAUACAACUUAUAUAAAUAUUCCUUUAGUAAAGUUCCAAACGAAUUUUCAACAUAAAUCCUUCUUUUUUUUUGUCUUUUAACUUACAAAUAGUUAAUACAUUUAUAAAUAAGUUAUAUACAUUUUGUAUAAUUUAUGUUUUUACUAUAUUUAAAUCAUAUUUCCUUUGUAUAUUUUCUCUUAGUUUGUCCAAGAAGUAAUUAGUGCAAUUAAAGACUUUGUUGAAAUGUUCUUUUUUCUAUCAUUUGUAAGUAAUUUCUUAAUUGAAUUAAAAUAAAUCGAAAAAUAUAUGAUAAUUUUAAUAAUAUAUUAUUUUUUUUCUGUUAGUCUAAUUUUUGCUCAUUAAAAUAUUAGUAUUAGGACAUACAAAUUUAGAGCAUUUUGUUUUUGAUUUUUUAUUUUUAAAGUGUGAUUUCUAUUAAACAUGUAUUAUUUAAGGUAAAUCAAAAAUAAUUUAUCACAUCUAUAUUUGUUAAAGGGCCAAGGAACAAAUAUAUAAGUUUUUAGGCAAUUUAGAUAGAAAAUCACAUAUAUAUGUUAUGUCCAAUAACUAGUAAGAGAUAUUUAUUAUAAGAUAUGUACUAUGUUCAUUUUUAACUAUGUAAUUAUUUGUUUAUCAAAGAAUAUACAAGUGUAAUUAUUUUAGCAGUUUUAAUAUGUUUCAUAGCACUUUUUUUAUAGUUAUUAUUGUGUUAAUUGAUAAAAUUAACUUUGAUAUAUGUUUAAAUAUUACAUAUUGUAUUGUUUACUCUAAUCAAUUAUCACAUUUUUGCCGUUGCUACUUGGAAUAUUUUCAGUCAUUUUAAUAGUGAAAUGUAUUCACUCAGCUAAAAUAUAUGUGUAACUUAAUUAAGUUACUCCUUUCCUGUAAUGUCUGUCUGAUUGGAACUUGCAAGCCUUAUUAUCAAGGUAUGUUUUAAAUAUUUUUUUAUACUUCUCAGUUCACAACUAUAUGAAAACUAAAUUUUAAUACCCUUAUGCAGUCUAUAUUACGAACCAUAUACUUUUAUAUAUAAUAGGCCUGAACAUCUUAGUUAAAGUGACAAAAAACUAAUAUUGUUAGUUAAUCUUAACACUCCUACUAAGUUAAACGCUAAGUUCAAGUUACAUCAAUAUAUUCUCUGUAUUAACAAGUAACAUAUAAUAUAGAAUGAGAUUUUUUAUAAACAAUCGCACAUUAUUUUUUAAAUUAUUUGUGAAGUGUUUCUUGUUUAUAAACAUCCCCUGAUAAAUUAUUAAUAGUUUAAUAAAUCUUUAUACCCACA